AUGGGACCGGGCUCUUGGACUGCCACUAGAGCGGCCAAAGAGUGUAAACAUGUCCUCCCAAAGGAGUUCCAGCCCAACAAAUUUGAGAGAAAGAAACAGAGAGAGAUCGUUCUAGUGGCGACAAGAGGGCAACAUGAUGAUGGUUCGAACUUACUACUCAACCGAUCCAUGAAUUUAUGGAGAAUUAGGUUUCCUGGAGCUUCGAACCUCAAUGCCAUGGGUUCCUUAUUCCAGAUAAAGUAUCUAUCUAUGGGUCCAAUAUUAGUCGGUCAGGGUUCCGAGCCAGCCAAGNUUGCAUCUUUAUCACUUAAGCCUGACUAA